AAACAAAGUUACAAACAAUUAAUAUAAAAUUCUUCAUUUAUUAAUAUUACUAUUUGCAUAAAGAAUUUCCAAUAAAGAUACGAAAGAAAAGAAGCCAAGAAUACGGGUAAACAACCUUGAAAGACAGAAGACAAUAAUAGGACAUUGCCAAAUCAUCGAGCAUUUGACAAAAACAGCUUGGCAACUUAACGUCGUUGCUUGUCUUCUCGUCACAGUUCGAGUUAAAUUACCUACAAAGCGACAAAUAAGUCUGCUUAAUUGUAAAGAUUUUUAACUGUUUUCAUCCGUAUCAAACUAUGGCGAUUUGUACAAAAUGGGAUUGUAAGGUAAAUAAAAAGUUGUUACCUGUAAAAUGUCAUUUGUUUUUAUAUGCAUCAGCUAUUGCCACCAUACUACCUUUCUGCCCAAUCAUUGCCAAAAAUUUGGGAAUAACUGCCACAGCUGUAGGAAUCAUUUACACCGUAGUUCCAUUUACGACAAUUAUUGUCUCUCCAUUCUUUGGAUGGAUAGCUGACAAAUUCAAGCAUUUAAAGUUUAUCAUUAUAAUUCUGAUUAUUAUCCAGACGCCAUUUUACUUUGCAAUUAAUCACAUACCUCCGAUAAAUAAAUCCAAGCAAGCUUUUAGUGCAGAAGUAAUUUGCAACAAUAACAAUUCUUAUGCAUUGGAAUCGAGUGUAUAUUUGCCAUUGUCAAGUAAUAACAGCAUGGUGUGUUAUGCCGACUGUCAUGAGUGUUUCACAGCAGAAUUGUUUAACCAAUCUUCUGAAGAGAAUCUUCUUACCUUAUGCAGAAGAACUCUUAAAUUAAUGAUUCAAAAUGCCAACAAUAAUUCUAAAUUUAUUACCAUAGAUAGCAUAAUUUCGGAUAAUCAAAGAAUUUCUCUACACUGUUCUGAAAGUAUGAAAGAUUUCUGCAAAACUGAAUGCAUUCUACCUGGCUAUUCAAAGGAGAAAGAGGCUCACAUAUUCUCAUCGUACCAAUUUUGGACAAUACUUUUCCUCAUGGCUUCAUCUCUAAUUACAACGAAUGUUAUAAUAUCUUUAUCGGAUGCAGCGUGCUACGAGGAACUCGAAGAAGAGGUUCAAGAAUUUGGUAAACAAAAACUAUGGUACUCCAUUGGAUGGGCAUUAAUAACAAUGCUAACAGCGUAUAUAGUGGAAGUUGCAAACACGGGGAGAAAAAAAGUGGAUUAUUCUCAUGGUUUCUACAUGAUGAUACCUCUGGUUAUUUUUGACAUUGUAGCACUUCUAAAUACAGAUUUAAGAAAACGAGCAUCGUCGACGGAUAUUAUUAAAGACAUUGCUAAAAUAUUCAGAAGACCUCAUCCAUUCUUUAUUGUUUUCGUUGUAUGUUUAGUUGGGAUGUUUUCCGGUCUUCAAUGGAGUUAUAAGUUUUGGUAUUUGGAAGAUAUGGGAGCGAAUAAAUUGCUGUUUGGAUUAUGUACUAUCGUUUCCUGCUUCUUUGGUGAAGUUCCCUGUUUAUUUCUUUCUGGUCACAUCAUAAAUUUUAUCGGAAGAGAUAACAGCAUGUGCCUUGCAUUGCUAGCAUUUUCUUCCUGGUUUCUGGCUGCUUCUUAUAUUUAUAAUCCUUGGUGGAUAUUAUUGAUGGAAUGGACGCAAGGACCUUGUUAUGGUAUAUUUUAUGCUGCUAUGUCAUCAUUUGCAAAAAUCACCGCUCCUCCAGGUACAGAAGCCACUAUGCAAACUAUCUUGGGAGCCACUUUCUACGGAUUAGGUGUCGGUUCGGGAAGUUUAUUAGGAGGAUUUGGAUUUGAUAUGUAUGGCGGUAGAAAGACUUUUCGUUUUGCUGGUUUCUUCGCUUUAGCUUCAGCUUUAUUGUAUAAAUUCAUUACAGAAGCUGUAGAAAAUGAAAAAUCUAGCAGAAAGAAACGUGAGUAAAAUUAAAUUAUAGAUUAAAUUUUUAUC